CACCAGUUAUCAAGUUAACGUAUACGAGUUUUCAGAAACACUGUAAUAUGGCAUUCAUUUGUGUUAUUGUUCUAGUAGUUUUAGUGUCGAUCCCCGAGGGGUAUGCAAUGCCGAAGAAGGGAAGAGGUCAAACGAAAAAUUCUCACGUGGAAUUCAACGGCCUUGAGCCUCAUCUAGAAGGAUCAAGUGUUGUUUUUCCUGCUAGUAUGGAGUUAUCCGUAUCGGUGGAAGGACAGCCACCCAUCAAAAUGUCAGGGAAAAAAGUUGAAUCACAGCGAUCUGUAAAGGCUUUUACAAUUGGCAGUGUCGAGACUUCUAAGACUUAUGGACUUGGGGAGAACAGCGCCGUCUACUUGAAUGACAACGGUGACGCCUUCAUGGUCUCCUCUAGUAUGAAUUCAGACGGGAGCGUCAAAAGCAGUGUGAUGGGCAAAGCCACGAAGAAUGGCAAAUCACGCUGGGUGAACGGUGAUAAAGCAAGAACUACGUCCUGGGAGCUCGGAGACGAAGAAGGAACCUUUGACGCGCUCCUUAAUAUCCCUUCAGCCGGAAUGAGCGGUUCUGGAACUGGGACUCGUAAGCGUCGCUCCAACGGUGCUAGUGUUCCGACGUCAGACAUCUACAACCUUACAGACGUACUGGAGUUAGCAAUUGCCGUCGACGAGACAUGGCUAGAAUGGUUUAGAACUAUGAACAGCGUAGAGGACGAUGCGAUUGCGGAAGCUGUCAAAUAUAUCACCCUUUUAAUUGUUGAGGUGAAUGGAGCUUAUCAGACGGUGAAGGAGACAGAUCCAGCCUUCGAGAUUGCUUUAUAUAUAACAGGCAUACUAUACACACCGCCAGGGAUUGACUUGCCUUUCGUAAGCGACCUUUUUAAAUCCAACGGUGAACUGAUCUAUUAUGGGACGUGUGGACGGGCAGAGUGCGGUGUCUUAGUAGACUUUUUCUAUUGGGUUGAAGCUAACUGGGAAUCCCUGGAAAACGCGGGCUUGCCUUUCGACCAUAUGGCUAUGCUCACAGGAUUGGAUCUGCGAACUUCAACUGCAGGCAGUAAUGGUAUAAUAGGAGUUGCUUUUGUCGAAUCGGUAUGUACUGCACAGAAGGGGUACCAGAUUUCUAUUACGGAAGAGUUAAGCCUGGAGGUCCAUAAAAUUCUUAGCCAUGAAAUCGGACACGCUUUGGGUGCUUAUCAUGAUGGUGAUGGCAACACGUGUGAUCCAAGUCUUCAGAAUAUAAUGUCGUCUUCCCUUGGAAAUUCAAACGAAGCAAUUUACUCAACAUUCUGGAAGUUUUCCGACUGUAGUGUAGCAGCAAUGAAGACACAUCUUCAGAAUCAAAUCGAUGCGGGUAGGGACUGUCUUGGGUCUAUAAAUCGAGAUACGUUCCUCGCCCAGUUCUGUGGAGGCCCACGUGGCGAGGUGUAUGACCUUGAUCAACAGUGUCAGUAUCAGAACAGACUAACAUCAGGGUCGAGCACUGCCUGUGAUGGUUUUACGAUCAUAGGCGGAGUUAAAGUUGUUGAUGAGAUUGCAUGCGCACAGACCAGCAAUGUCAGCUGCUCUCUAGAUGGGGGUUCAACGUGUGAAACCAAGUUAUACCAUGUGUUCGAUGGAACUCCGUGUCUGGACGCAGAUCAUGUUUGUUAUAAUGGUCAGUGUCUGAUGACGACAGUGGUUUGCUCAAGCUACAACGGAACUAUCAACUCUCCCCUUGCCUCCACCCUGCCACCUCCCUCUUGCACCUGCCGAAGCAACCGCUGCUGCAGGAGUAUUGCUGCUCCCGCGUGCAACUGUGAUGGUUGCGUCGUCAACCCCAGAGGAAACAAAUGCAUAUUUGGUUAAUGCAAAACCUCAGUAAUCUAUU